CUGCACGAAACACUCGUUUAGGAACAGCCCCAAACGCUGACCAAGACAGAAGAAUGUCUAUUCAGCCGACUAAAGCCAUGGACUUCCGGCUGACGGAGCCCCGGCUGAGUCCCGCGCAGCAGGCGCUGUUCAUGCGGGUCGGACUCGUCCUGCUCGCGCUGGUGGUCGUCAUGACCACCGUGCUGCUGGUGCUGACCCGCAGUCACCACGGGUUCCCGCUGCGGCUACGAGGGGGCGCCGGCGCGGCCGGGCGCUUCCCGCGCCGGGCCGCGCACCUGUGCAACACUACCUCCUGCCGCCUGACCGCAACGCUGCUGAAGGAAACGCUGGGGCGCCGCGGCAGCCCAUGCGACAACCUGUACGCGUACGUGUGUUCGGGAUGGUUGCAGGGGCCCUCAUUCACCAGCGCGCACGACAGACAGAUGGCGCUGGUGACGUGGCACGCGCGCUCUGGGCUCAGGCGCAUCGCUCAGCGCGCGGACAGCACGGCCCACGUUAUUGCUGGCGAGCGACCGAGCGUGCCACCAAGCCAGCAUCCCCUUACCAGCAGUAACCAGCAGGGUCCACUGAGCCACGGCCAAGUGACGUCGAGCUCGGCCAAGGCUGCCGUGCUCUACAGAAGGUGUCUGGCGGCUUCGAUGGAGCACCGCGCCGAUGCCCUGGUCGCCUUCCUACAAGACCUAGGCCUCGGCACUUUCGAUGACCACGUCGAGAACCCGGUCGCGCUUGCCAUCAAGCUCGACCUAUAUUAUGACCUCAAGACGCUGUUCGACUUGCGUCGUCAUCCGACAUGGCGGCGACGAGAUGGCCAACCGCUGCUGUCCAUGGACCGUCGCAGUGACCUUGAACCGUGGCGCCGCGAGAGGAGUCGCAUGCGCCGCGAUCAGGCAUACCUGAAGUUCGUAAAGAGAUACGUCAACAUAAUUCUGGUGCAGGCUAACAUCAGCGCCGACACCAACGAGACUGCGCGCCAAGCUCGCACGGUAGACCGAAUCGCGCGCCGCAUCGCGGGCACGGAAGAAAUCGUGCUUGAGAUGACCGCGCUCAUCCCCGACGAUGACCCCAGCGAGUAUCACGCUAUCGUUCCUCUGCUGCCGAGCGGCAGCGCCCCACUGUGGCCGCCGUCGCUGGCAAUCAACAACUUCAGCGAGGUGGCCGUGGGCCAUCCGGCCGUGCUUGGCUACCAAGACUUUCUUCUGUACGACCUGCCACCCUCCGAUGCAACCGGCUACGUCACCUGGGAGCUGGUGCGCCAGCUGCUUCCGCUGGCAGACCAGAAGUUUUCACACAGCACAGGCGAGGCCACCUGCUUCGACGCCGUGUACCGUCUCAUGCCUUACCCGAGUGUUAUGCCUGGCAUGGAGGCGUUGGACUCGUACAAGGGCUGGCAGGAGGCGGAGCUCACCUUCCGAGACGUGGCCGAGGCCCUGGUCAGCUUCAUGAAGAAGCAGGGAGUCGCUGUCCGGGCCCAGGCGGCCAUAUUCACGAUGCCCCUCCCCACGACGCGAGACUUGGACGCCUUCUACGGCGACCUGCGAGUGAACGAGGACUAUGGACAGCGGUCCUUCCUGGACGACUACUUGGCCGCGUGCUCUCAAAUCCGUAGCAAGGAACUCCUCAGCGUGGUUUACGGGGACUCGGGUACCUUUUACCCUUCUCCGCCCCCGAGGAGCCCAGAAGUGGAGGUGACCGCGACGGGCAAGGCGCGCGUUCCUCUGACCUGGCUCCUCCCUCCGCGUUUCGGCGCCGACGCGCCCCCGUCGCUCAACUACGGCGGGUUCGCGCUCGAGCUGGUCGCAGCUCUUCUCCGCGGAGCGUCGCUGGACCACUCGUGGCUGGAGUGCCUGCAGACGCUUGAGCCUCGAGUCGCGAUCGCGACGGAAGACGAGGACAACAGCGACUGGGCUCGCCUGGCUCUGGCCAUCGAAGUGGUGGCGGCGUUCGUUGACCGACACCUUGAGGUGGGCCAGCCGCUUGUACUUCCCGGGCUGGAGUUCCUCAGCGAGGACAUGCUCUUCUUCGUGUCGGCCUGCGCGGGAAUGUGCGCCAAGGGGGACUCGAGCGCCCCCUACCGCUGCAACCUCAUCGCGAAGAGCUCGCCGAACUUCGCAAGAGCCUUCGGCUGUUGGCGCGGUUCUCGCAUGAACCCUCCGAAGCACUGCCUGUACUCGAACCGAACGAGAAAGGGCGAGUAAAGAAAGGAGGGUGGCA